AACAGAGUGGAAAAAAACGACUUCACUACUGCGACGUAAAUCCAUUUGAAUAACAUACGUAAGGAGAUAAACGCGGAAGCUGUGGUUCAGAAAAUUCGCUUUUGUGCCGCGGUUUAGGUUUCCUUUAUGAUUGCUAUGCCUUUAGUUACCAACCUGAUAUAUGGUUGAACUUCUGCAUACUGAUCAACACGCUGGUUAGGUAGACGGAAGUUGCAACUUGCAUGUUAGCGCGUAUCUAUUUCGGGAGAAAAGAGGCUUAAAGCCUUGGGAGAGCGUUUGCUUUGGAUAUAACAUAAUUGCUUUAGUGCGCUGGUGCUGGGAAGGCGGAGGGUGCUAAGGACAAAUGGCCCCCAAACCAUUGUCCAAGCCGUCAGUGCUCAGCGCGGAGGCUGCUGCUAUGGAGCAAAAACUAGCAGAGCUCCGGAAGGCAAUGGAGAAGGAGAGGGCAAAGCGUGAAGCGCUCAUGGCUAAUGCUGGAGGAGGCUCGAUCUGGCGAAAUGGUUCAAGUUUGCGUGCAAACGUUGGCAAGGGCAGCGAUGCCGCGAGUCGGCGACCUGCCAGCGGUGCGACGGCCUUCGGAGCCGCUGGAGGUCCUGGCCCAGCUCCCAGCCGCGCUCCUGCGUCAGCCCGAGGAGGGUCCUCAUCUGGGACUACUGAGGCUGUGGCGGCGAAUGUGCCAUCCGUGUCGGGCAGCCGGAUGUCGUCAGCGCGGUCAGCUGUGGAGGCGGCUCGAAGCGCCACGCCUGACUCACAAGGCGGCGGUAGCGGCAGCGGGGGCGGUGGAUCUGGCGGGGGCGGUAUGUCGUGCGGCACUGACGACGGCCCCUCGCUGGCUGCGGGGCAGUUCAGCGAGGCUGACAGCCACCGCUCCUUCCUAGAGGCUCUCAACGAGUGGCGGAGAGGCAACCGGGGGGACGUGCCGGACGCGGCAGCAGGGCAGAGCAGCCAAGAACCGGCUGCUGGCUCGAGCUUCCCACGUGAGCCCCCGCGAGCGUCUGCGCGCGUGUCGUCCUCGAACCUGGAGGUGCAGACUGAGACACGACCGGUGUCACGACCCACAUCCGCCAAGCCCUUAUCGUACUUUGACAAGCUGGUGCUGAACACGACGUCGAGGCAGGCGGGGCACCUGGCGGCGGGAGGAACGCCCGAGUCAAUGCGUCCUUCCUUAACGGGGCAGGAGCAGUACGGCAUGCGCUCAGCAUCUGCAAUGGACGUGCGGCCAGGAUCCGCAAGUAGCGUGCGCCCGGGGUCCGCAGUUGGGGUGCGGCCGGCUUCCGCUGCUCCCGGAAGCACCCCGGUGGCGCCGUCCGCAGCCUGCGCUAGCCCUGCGGUAGCCGCGCCCAAAGCAACGAGCGAGAACGUACCAGAUAGCAGCGCUGCCUCGGACCCGCUCAGCAUCCUUGACCGGUUGGAGGCACUAGAACGGCAGCGGCAAGAGCUGCAUGCGGGUGAUGAAGAUGACGACGACCCAGGGGUCUUUACUGUGACGACGGCUACGGGGGUGUUGUUGACAAAGGGCGUGCGGCUGCCGGAUGAGGUGUUGUUGCCAUGCAAUACGGAGAGCUAAGGUUGGCCGUGCCACGUGUGAGCGAUGUGGGUUUGGGAUUGUAAUGAUGCGGUGUAUGCGUGCGUCAUAUGAGGGACAUGUGGUCGCUUAGCGAAAGGCUAGAUGCUGUAAGGCGUCACUGUACAUUUGUGAUUUCAACUAUCCGGGCUGAGAUACAUUCAUAACGGGGUUGGCUUUGGUGUGCAUAUCUCAGGUUUUAUUGCUGAAGUCGUCUGAUAGCGCUGUCCGUAAAGGA